AUGUCCAAAGUAUUCCAUGCUGCUCGCAAUGCUCUGAGACUAGCAGAAACAGAGGCGGCUCUGUAUAGUGCAUUAGUAACCCUCCAGGGUAAUAUGCCGGACACAGUGGUCCAAGCAGUCGCGAAAGCAGACGAGCAGAAGACCAAGUCCACACGCAUGGAGGAGUGGUCCAAGCUUCCUUUACGAGAUUGGCCCGAUAUGGGGAACUGGAUGGGUGCUGUCUCUGACCAAUUCACGAUCAACCAGGUGCCAUCCAGUGUUUCUGUAGCUCCAGGGCCGGUCGCCGGAAUCCAAAUCACCCCGAGCCACAGGCGAGCCCCCAGCUCCACAGACUUGGAACUCCAUGGGAUCUCAACACCUUUUGCCUGGCAGCCCCAGGACGAUCAUUCUAUACGGAGUCCGUAUGCAGGCCAUAUACGGUCCCAAGACGCUGGAUCCUCCCCAGCAUAUUCACAUCAUACUGUUCCCGGGGGCACCGACGGUGUUGCGCCCUCACUGAUUGAUAUUUCUAGCGAGCACCUCGUGGGAGUUACUAGCAGUGAACCUGUGAGAGCCAAGGCUGAUGAGCUAUCCAGAGUGAGAUCCAGCAUAUACUUUUGA